CUUAUCAGUUAUCACUUUAGUUCACUAAAGUCGGAAAGUGCCAAGUGGAGAGUGUAGACUGGAAACUGACUGACUCGGACUGCUUAAUAUUCUGGCUUUGAACGUUUUGGUAUUCAGAUUCUGAUGUCUGGUCUAUUAUCUUAGUGGUUUUAUUUAUAGUUAAUUAAUUUUCAUAAGUAUAGUAAUUCUAUCGUGUAUUUAUGUAUAUUAUAUUGAUGCGUGGAUCGUUUAUGCACUUGCGCCUUGCACACUUUUGUGACUGAAUUUGAUAUGAUAUAAUAUAUAAGUAAUACUUAUUGAUUUAAAAUAUUCAUACAGAGUGAGCCAGAAAGAGCGGAUAAAUGUAAUAAACUGUGAUAACUUAUAGAGUGAUUACAACCUCACCAAGCAUGCUCAGCUCCAUUCAGGCGUGGACUGAAAUAUAAUAUCAGCUGAAGAAAUGGCUUCAUAUAUGUUUCAAAAAACUAUAACAUCAAUUUGUACAUGUGGCUUACAGAAACUUUUACCUGACCUGUUUUUCUGUCGUCAUUGUAUUACACUUCGUUGUGACUUCUGUGUUAGUCAUGAAAUUGACACAACUUACUGUCCUCAUUGUUUUGAAAAUCUAUCAUCAACCGAAGCCAAACAUAAGAAAAACCGGUGUGCUUCUUGUCUAGAAUGCCCACGCUGUUUUAAUACUCUUUCAACACGUUCAUAUUCUCGAACACCUGAACCAAAAAAACCACCUCAAAAAAUGUAUUACUUACUCUGUUUAUUUUGUAACUGGCGAUCACAUGAGCCAAACAUACCUGAUCAGCCAACUUCUUCAGGUAACUGGCCAGUAAACAAAAAUCCAGAUGAUGGUCGUAUACUGGAUUUAAUCAAUUAUUAUAAGUCUGUUUCUUUAAAAGAAGUAUUUGAUAAGCAGAAAAGGAAUACCAAACAUUAUGGUCGUAAUUAUAUGCAUUUUUUGGAAAAAUUUGGUUUAAAUGCAAUGAUGGCUCGGAAAAAAGUAGGAUUUCCCAAUUUUCAUACAGAUGGUACUGGUUUUAGUACUUCAGAAAUUAAUCCAUCUGAAGCCAUUGAAAAUGUUCCUGAAUUAUCUGCAAACACAUUUGAAGAUAUUGUAGAUUUGAAACAAAUUUCAACUUUAGAACAACGUUUUGCAACUCCCGAACUUCAAGCAGAAAAUACUGAUGAUCUGUUUCCAAUUCGUAAACAUCUUAGAGUAAAACAUUCUUUACGUUGUCGUGUAUGUGAACAUAACGUUGUUAAACCAGAAUAUAAUGCUGUAAAGUUCAAAAUCAAACAUUUAGCUUAUUAUUAUGUGCCAGAAAUAAAAAUAAUCAAAUGUGAACCAUUACUAGCCGGUAAAUGGAGUUCCUUGGUACUUAAGUUAUGUAAUCCAUCACAAGCAUCUACAGCUGUACGUUUUGAAAAAUUAGAUUUAAAUGCUAUAAAUAUAAUUAGAGAGCCAAGACGAUUGGAAGGGGAAGAUCUAAUAUCUACACCCAAGCAAUUGCCGGAACCAAUUCCUAUUGUAUUAGAAUUACAGGGUGAUAUUAUAGUUCCGGAAGGUGAAAUAAAAAUUGCAGCUAGAGAUGAUACAGCUGAAUAUGAUGAUACAAACGAAGUAAAUACAGACAACGAUGACCCAAAAUAUGUAUAUUGGAGAAAAGGCAACAAAGUUGCAUUAAAAUUUGAAGUAAAGCCUAAUGAAAAUAUUAAAAAAAAUGAAAAUGUACAAUUAGGAUUUGUUAUGCAUUUUAUGUAUUCGGAUACAAUGUUACAUGUGAUUAAUCCAAAACAACCUCAAACUGUAUUAGUGCCUAUAAAAAUUGUACUGAAUUUACCUAACUCUUUUUAAUUUUUUUAUUCAAAUUCAAAUUAAAUUAAUUACAUUUGAUAUUAAAAAAAUAAUGAUAUAUAAUUUUCAAGGAUAUAAAAAUAGUCUUGUAAUUAUGAAUGAUGAAUAUGAAACAAAUAAUUAGGUAUUGUACUACUUAUAAAUAAAAAAAAAAUGUUAAGCUAUUUUAAAGAUUAAAUAAUAUAUUAUGUAUAUAAAUUAUUAGUUAACAUUGUUUACCUUUAUCAAUAUUGAAUCCAGAAAAUAUUUAAUAAUUAAUUUAUUGUACUAUACGAAAAAAGAUAUUUUUUAAUAUUCUUAAAAUGUUAAAGAAUAAAUAAUUUAUAAUUGGAAUAAGUUAUACAGCAUUAAUUUAACAUUUAUUAACUAUUAAAUAAUAUAUUAGUUUUUACAUUAUAUACUAAAAAUUGUAUGUGUUAAUUUUUGAAUAUUAAUUAUUUUAUUCUAAUGUAUACUUUAAAUCAAGUAUAUAUUGCACCAAAUAUUGAAUGUAUAUAUUUAAUUAAAGUGUAACGAGUUCAAGAAAAGUUUCUUUUAUUUUCAACAUAGUUCGGGUUAAAGUUUGAAUAUAAAUAAAUUCAUGUUUUAAAUACAAUUGGCCACCUAUAAGCUUAUGACAAUUUUGGGCCGGUGAAUAUGUAAAAUGACACUUAGAAAUAAAAAUCUCGAUGGGCCGAUACCAAUACGGGCCUGUAGAUAUGUCAUUAAAAAGUUUGAAAUACUUCUUUCUGAAAUUAUACCUAACAAGUAACUAAUUAAAUAUAAUACACUCAUUUUUUCGGAAAUUAAAUUAUUUACAUAAUAUUAAGUUUUUAAAAAAUGUAUUUUUUUAUGACAAAACGCAUUUAUAAUUUUUAUUCAAAAUCAGAAUAUUUGUUGAAGUACUUUGGUGUAUGCAAAUUUAAUUUUGUAGGAGUAGUUUAUGAAUUAUAACUUAUAAGUAUGAUUAAAGAUAUACCUAUAUGAUGUAUUAUAUUACACAAAUAUGUAUUUAUACAACCAAAAUAUUAUGUGCUAAACAGCUCAAAAUUUUAAAUAUUGAAUAUACUAAUGGUAUUUAUUUAUUUAAAUUAUGCCCUUAAGCUUAUGACAUAACAUACAAUAUCUUAAAAAUUAAAAAAUUCUUUUUUAUAAAAUAUGUAUGUACCGAAAUUGAUUAUUA